GCUGACCUUUUGAAUGACAAAGGAAAAAAUUCUAGUGACAACGAGAUGUGUUACAUGGAAAGAACUCUUGGGUUUCACACCCGUGCUUUGGACGAUAGAGAUAUCAGACUGGUGACUGACAUUGUUGGAGGUGCUGUUCGUUGGAGGUGUUAUCUGGAUCAUCUAAUACUGUCACUUUGCAAUGACGAGAACACGUUUAGAAGGAUGGAGCCACUUCUCUUACAGAUUCUUCGAAUUGGUUUCUAUGAGAUUCUCAAGCUGGAUAUGCCACCAUAUGCUGUUGUGGAUGAGGUGAGGUUCCUCAUGAACCAUCCUUGCAUAUGGAUGAUUUUGUCCACAUCAAAACCGGCAUGCAGGUGUGUGUUAAAAUCUAUAACACAACAAAAAGGACUUUCAUACAAGCGGGGUUAUUGAAAGACUGUCUAUGUUCAGUUCAGGAUGAGUGCAGGUCAGUUCUUUUUCCAGACCCUACUCCAGUCAUUUUUCUAAAAUAGGGUUUGAAGGCUAUGCCUAUACGCAGUGCAAAAACUGAAGUGCGUAUUCACUAGAAGUUUUUAUUUAGAAGCUUCGUUAUGCUCAUUUUGUUCCGGUGAAAUAGAAAUAUAAAUUGAUGCAUUUUGAUAAUGGUUAAAAGACUUGGAGACUCGACCUGACUUGUUCGACCCUGAGUUGAGUCAUGACUAGGCCGAAUCGUGGUUGAAUCAACUUGCCUGUGUUGGGGAUGACUCGUGGUGUCAAACCAGAUUGGGUCUGACUAAGUCCAAGUUUACUUGGGCAGGUCGCAUCGGACUCGUCCAUUUCUUAAAACCAUGAUUUUGAUGCAUAUGUCAUAUCUCAUUACCUACAAAGCAUGAUUCCUUUACAGAAUCUGUUUGUUUGGGAAACAUGUGGGCCAGGCAGAAAACAAUGCUGGUUUUGGUUGUCGUCUGGAGGGGCUGCUUCUCCCAGUUCAGUUUAUUGAAAAAUGGAAAAUGCAUAGAGUUACCAAAAGCCGACAUCGUCUGUGAGGCCUAGAUGUUUCCUCAACAAAUGACUUUUGGAAGGAAACUAAAACUUGACCUAAACAUGCCCCAAAACUUCUGUAAUUGUUGGAAGUUUUAUAAAUGUGCAUAAAUCAAGAACCC